CGCCUGCCCCAGGAAGAGGACGCCAGCACCGGUCAGCGCUGGUUCACACCCCUGAUGGGGUCAGAACGGAUGGAGAUGCGGAAGCGGCAGAUGUCUGCAGUGCAGGAGACAUCAGAUUCCCUCCCAGGCCAACAUGGAAUGGGGAACCGAGGAUCCAAUGCUUGUUGCUUCUGCUGGUGCUGCUGUUGUAGCUGCUCUUGCCUAUCAGUCAGCCAGUCUGAGGAACAGACUCCCAGGACAGCUUCCCAUGAGCUCAGAAGAGAUGACAUUCCAAACCAUGAAGAAAGCACCACUCCUACUCUGGAAGAGGUGAGCUCCUGGACGCAGUCCUUUGACAAGCUAAUGCUCACGCCCGCGGGAAGGAACGCUUUCCGUGAGUUCCUCCGAACAGAAUUCAGUGAAGAAAACAUGCUUUUCUGGAUGGCAUGUGAGGAACAAAAAGAAGCUAAUAAAAGCACUAUUGAGGAAAAGGCAAGGAUCAUAUAUGAAGACUACAUUUCUAUUCUUUCUCUAAAGAGACUUCCAGUCAACAGAAACCUAUUAGUAAAGUUCUGGGGUGUCAAAAAUUGUAUGCAGAUUUUCAACUACAUGAGGGUCAGCUUAGACUCCCGAGUAAGAGAAGUCAUCAAUAAGAACAUGGUGCAGCCAUCUCAACACGUAUUCGAUGAUGCACAACUCCAGAUUUACACUUUAAUGCACAGAGACUCGUAUCCCCGAUUCAUGAAUUCUGCUGUCUAUAAAGAUUUGCUCCAGUCCUUAUCUGAGAAAUCAGUUGAAGCAUAGGAUGUUAUAAAUAUAUUUAUUAUUAAUAAAAUAAUAAAAACUCAUGGAUGAAGUCUAGUACAGGGAAUUAAGAGGUAGCAGUGUCUUCUGCUGGUGUAAUAUUCAGGCUAUUUUAAUAGCAGAUGCUUCCUUCCACAGAAGGUGAUAUAUUCACAAUAUAAAUUGCAGCCACCUUUAGUGAUACUUUUGAAAAAAUGGGCAUGGCUGUAUUAGAAAGGUAGUAUAUUUACAUUUACAGUAAUAGUAACAUAUCCUGAGUGGCAAAGGAUACACUAGAAGACUCCAUACUGCCUGGAGUAUAUACAUUCACUGGAGCAUACUGGGCUGCUUUUGUUCUGUAUGAGUUCAGUACCUGAUUACUAGCCUCCCAAAGAAAAGAUGUGCAGGUGUCUCUCAGAUACUCCUUCUUUCCAACAAGUUCAGUUUUGUAUAUGGCCAAAGCCAAUGGACAUAUCCAAAUGGCUUUGGACAUAUCCAUGCACUAGAGCCAUUCCAAGAGCCAAAUUCUCAUCUUUUU